AUGAAGGUCAACAUCGCCUACAAUAUACUUUGCGCCGUUUCACUCGGUCUGGUCAAGCUAUCCAUUAGUUUCUUUUUCUUAAAGAUAUUUAAUACGUGUAGUAGUAGAUAUAAACGAGUGUUAUGGGCAACCAUUGUUUUUAUAGCUUGCUUUACCAGUUCUUUUGUUUUCGCGCAGCUUUUUAUAUGUAUACCACCCUCGUGCUUAUGGGAAAACUCAGGGGAACCUUGGCAGGGAUGUAAGUGUCAUGACUUUUGGGAGGGUGAAGGAGUAUAUCCGGCCAUCAAUGCGGCGUUGGACGUCUGGUGGCCCGAUCCUUUGGAUUUGCAGCUCUGGUAUGCCCUAGAGUCUAUCACGGCUUUCACAGUGGCAUGCGUACCCUUCAUCCGCCUGAUGAUGGUUCGUAAGAUCAUUCCCUUCGUGAAAGCAAGCUUUGCCUCCUUGUGUCUACCAGUCGAACAACGAAACACCUCGCAACGAACCAUCAUAAGGCCUCCCCCCACGAGGGAUAGAAACCUAGACGAGACAUCGUCGUUCUCAGAGACAAAUAUGCCGCAAAUCACCGACGCCGGCGGGCUAAUUUUUCCAAGAGAGGGUUCACAACUUGGCGUACCGCUUCAAAAUGAAGGAUCGCCUUCUGACAAGGUUAAUUCAUCCAACGUCACAGAAUUGAACACCAAAGGUCAAGACAACAGGACUCUCACAGUAUCAGUUCCGAAUCCUACAGCAUUGAGACGUUAUGGCUUCGUCAGCAGGGCGGUAACUGUCACUACGAACCCCAUUGCCGAGGGUGAAGAGAAUAGCGGUUGGGAAAAGCAGCCACAGCAGGACGACAGAUGGUCGAUGUAG